AUGGAUAUCAUGCGUGGACAGUUAAAGAUGAUGAUGAUCGCCGGCUUCCUCAUGUGGAGCUUCAUUGACCUGAUAGGAGCGUCAGAGUCCGAGCGUCGGCUCCACCAGAAGCUAUUCAAGGAUUACAAUCUCAAGGUGAGACCGGCGCAGUACUGGGCGGACAAGGUGAUGGUGAGGGUGGGGAUGACCCUGUCGCAGCUUGUCAGUUUGAACGAGAAGAACGGAGAGAUGACGACAAACGUGUUCAUGAAUUUGGAGUGGACCGAUUACCGGUUGUCAUGGAAGCCAGAGGAGUUUGACAACAUCACUGUUUUGAGAAUUCCUCCAAACAAAGUGUGGCGUCCUGACAUCUACCUCAUAAACAAUAAUGACGGCCAGUUCGACGUUGCUCUCUACGUCAAUGUGUUGGUUUACAACGACGGGACAGUGAACUGGCUUCCACCAGCCAUCUACCGCAGCUCCUGCUCUAUCGAGGUGGCUUACUUCCCAUUCGACUGGCAGAACUGCAGCAUGGUCUUCCGUUCAUACACCUAUGAUGCUUCUGAAGUUGACCUGCAGUACUUCCUGGAUGAUAACGGAAACGAGAUCCAAGAAAUAGUCAUAGAUGAGAAUGCCUUUACUGAGAACGGGGAGUGGGCUAUAUGUCACAAACCUUCAAGAAAGAACGUGAAGGAAGACCUCUACGAGGACAUCACCUUCUACCUGAUCAUUGAGAGGAAGCCAUUGUUUUACAUCAUCAACAUAAUCAUUCCCUGCAUCCUCACCAGUGUGCUGGCCAUUUUCGUCUUCUAUCUGCCACCAGGAGCAGGCGAAAAGAUGACUCUGUCCAUCUCCGUCCUCAUCGCCUUGACUGUCUUCAUGCUCCUGUUAGCCGACAAAGUUCCGGAGACGUCACUGGCCAUUCCCAUCAUAGUCAACUACGUCAUGUUUACCAUGAUCCUGGUUACGUUCUCAGUCAUUCUGAGUGUUGUGGUCUUAAAUCUGCAUCAUCGCAGUCCCAGCACUCACAUCAUGCCCAACUGGGUUCGAAGGGUCUUUAUUCACUUCCUGCCGAGGUACAUCGGCAUGAUGAGGCCGGAACCAGAAGCACCGAUGGAGAAAGAACAGUCAGAGGACAACGCACACAUGCCGAUAUUCAACGGACGUCAGCCUGGAGGAGAGUACUUCUUCCGUAAGAUCAACCCAGACCUGGUUCUACCCUGGAGAGGCAGGUGUGAGACUCCAGUCCAGCUCCAGCGUCUGCCGGAUUCCGACAGCUUCUGUCUGAUUCUACCACCCAACCUGAAGUCGGCCAUUGCAGCGGUCACGUACAUGACCGAUCAGCUGAAGAAGCAAGACGUGGACGACACCAUGACCGGUGACUGGCAGUUCAUCGCUCUAGUGGUGGAUCGUCUCUUCCUCUGGUUGUUCGUCAUCAUCACCACACUCGGGACCCUCGCGAUGUUCCUCGAUGCCAGCUUCAACUACACACCUGACAACCCUUUCCCCUGACACGUGUUCACUAACAGUCACAUAUCAAUGCUGACAUUUGUAUCAGGCAUAGUUCCAUUGAAAUACCAAACUCAACCGCAAGGUGAUGUUCAACUGGUCUUCACUCACCUUCCGCUUUGCUUGGACCAUCACUGAUAACUGCCUCAUAGAAAAGAAUUCACAAGAUGCUGGAGACAUUCCUCAGAAUUGCAGUAUAACCGGGUUUAAAAAAAAAAAGGAGUUAUUGUGACAAGUUCCUUAUCUGACACUGAAUCCCAUUGUAUAUUUAUUUCCAAUGACGGCAACAUAGUCAGCUACUAUAGAGUGAAGAUGAUGACACUGCCUCAUGAAGUUUUAAGAUGCAAUUCCGAUGUUGGACACACAAGCACAUUGUGUACA